ACUUUUAUUUUGGAAAAUGGGUGGAAAACAAAGGGGAGUCCUUCAGGGUUUGUUUUACGCAGGGACUGCUGGGAAACAGGGUCAGAGGAGAGUCCGAGACCGUAAUGUCCGUGUAGGGGCUUGAGCACUUCGCUCGAGCGGUGCUGCCUUUACCGCUCCGCUUUAAACCGCUCGCUCCUCGCUGAAAGGCCACACAUGCGUUGAGGAUCCGCGACUAAGGCGUCCGCAGCCAACAGACCGCCGCCAUCUUCCUCUUCGCGUCGAAGCUGAACGCCGCUAUCUCUCCGUCCGCGGCAUCAGAGGGUCGCGAUCCUCCCCCCGGCCGCGGCGGGCAGGGGGGCGGCGUGACUGAGUAAUGCUGCCGAUCCUCCAGCGAGAACAUGGAUGAGAGGUCCAGCUCCAGCCGCCUGCUCGUCGCGCUCGUCACGGUGCUGCUGUUCGGCGCCAUCGUGCUCCAGUACGUCUGUCCGGGCUCCGACUGCCAGCUGCUCCGCCUGGGCUCCUCCGCUCAGGGAGAUGGAGGAGGAUCGCCCACCUCCCGAGCUGCCGGCGCGGGGGAUCCGUACGUGGCGGAGGACGGCGCUCUGGCGCGCUUCGUGCCGCGCUUUCACUUCGACGCCUCGGACCUGGACAGGGUGGUGGACUUCAACAUCAAGGGCGACGACGUGAUCGUCUUCCUCCACAUCCAGAAGACCGGCGGCACGACGUUUGGCCGCCACCUCGUGCGCAACAUCCAGCUCGAGCGGCCGUGCGAGUGUCGCGCGGGCCAGAAGAAGUGCACGUGCUACCGACCGGGCAAGCGCGAGACAUGGCUCUUCUCGCGCUUCUCCACCGGCUGGAGCUGCGGGCUGCACGCCGACUGGACGGAGCUGACCAACUGCGUGCCCUCCGUGAUGGGCACCCGAGAGCCAUCCGAGACGCGCGCAGUGCCGAGCAGGAACUACUACUAUAUAACCAUCCUAAGGGACCCAGUGUGGCGCUACCUGAGUGAGUGGCGGCAUGUUCAGCGUGGUGCUACCUGGAAAGCAUCCCUCCACAUGUGCGAUGGGCGGGCACCCACCCUGGCUGAGCUGCCCAGCUGCUACCCAGGUGAUGACUGGUCAGGCUGCUCACUCGAAGAGUUCAUGGCUUGCCCGCACAACCUGGCCAACAACAGGCAGACACGCAUGCUGGCUGACCUCAGCCUGGUUGGCUGCUAUAACUUGUCAGCCAUGAGCGAGAACCAGCGUGGUGCUGUGCUGCUGGAGAGCGCCAAGCGCAACCUGCGACGCAUGGCCUUCUUCGGCCUUACCGAGUACCAACGCAAGACGCAGUACUUGUUUGAGCGCACCUUCCGCCUGGCCUUUAUUGCACCUUUCACACAGCUGAAUGGCACCCGGGCUGCCAGCGUGGAUGUGGCGCCCGAGACACAGCAGCGCAUCCGCGAGCUCAACCGCUGGGAUGUGGAGCUGUACGAGUAUGCGAGGGACCUUUUCUUGCAGCGCUUCCAGUAUGCGCGGCAACAGGAACGGCGUGAGGCCCGCCAGCGUCGCCAGCAGGAGAGGCGCAGGUUGCGUGCCAAAGUGCUGCCCUGGUGGGGUGGGCCAGGGAAGGGACUUAAGCCCACCAAAACGCCACAAAUAAAACAGUCUUCAGCCACCAGGCCUACUGAGCCAAAACAGGUUGAGGUGGGGAAGAACCAAGAGAACAAGGUGGAGGGAGAGUUAGAAGAUUCCUGGUGGGAGGAGGAAGAGGAGGAGGAGGAGGAGGAGACUGGCACCAUUGAGGACUAUAUAGACAAUGUAGAACAAUGGUGAUGAUCUAUGGACAUUUUAGAUGAAACAGGUGGAGCUGCUGAACUUGCUGCACAAAUAAAAAUGCCAACACCCAGCCAAGGAGUGCUUUUUCUUCUCCUUCAAAGCCCCAAACACUACUAUGUUCUACAUUAGCACAUAUGUGAAACCGUCUUUGUGUCUGUUUUAUAACAGACGCUACUAUGAACUGAACGAACCUUGCUGACGUGUCCUGAGUUGUUGGGUGCGCGCUACAGUCACCCAUAUGUGUCGGUGUCUCUUAAGGUCUUUGACUGAAUCUGUGAUUAUAAAAAAAAUGCUAUUGAAUCGAAGAGCUUUUUGUUUUUUCACUUUUUUAUUUGGAUUUUCUCUACAAUACUGAUUGUGAUUGACGUUAUAUUUUUUAGCAUUCUUACUGCACUGAUGUGUGCCCUCUGGCUUCAAUAUAAAAUGCCAUAGCAAAUCGCAUUAUUUGUAAUACCUGACAUAAGCUAUAAUGUAAAUUGUAUGAACAAGUACACAUGGUUCUGCUGGGAAAAAAAUGGAAUUUGUCGCUACUCAAAUAAAUUUUUAUAUUAAUUGUA